UUUUCUUUAAGAGGAUAUGAGUUGGAUCAUGAUUUUAAACUAUAAUUAUCUUACUUUUCCAGAGUAGAUAUUUGCAUCGAGUAUGAUGUGCUGUUGAAUCAUUUAGCUCUCGUAUAUAAAUUGUGAUGGAUAAUAAUGACUGAUGCCAUUAUAAUGUAUACUUUUUAGUUUCUCCUAAAAAUUUCUUCAUUAAGCCUCUUAUUGUUCUUGUAAUUGAGUACAACAUGAAGAUUCAAGAGCAACAUCAAGGUUAUAUAUCUAAGUUCACAUUUAGCGUGUAUAAUUAGAUUAAUAGGACAGAACUUGCAGAUAACCACGGGGUAAACUGAGAACACUAUUACAAGCAUACCGAUAUCCAACUUAACUAGAACCUUCGGUGUUACAUGGUGUCCAAAUCAGGAAGGAUAUCCAAUACAUUUGAUCUGCAAACUCUAGUUGUUAUUUAUGUUAGAGAUUUAUUGUGUGCUAGGUCUAGAUUAUGGUCGUAAAACUGUAGUUAAACCUUGUGUUUGUCAUUGGAGAAUGGGCCUCAUGCUACUUGCAUGAUUGUCAUAGAAGAAGAAACAGGUAUUUCUGUUUCUAUUGAAAUGCAUUCCUCAACAUCUAGAACCUAUACAUUAAAACACUGAGUUGUUCAUGAAUUGUUUGAUCACUUGGGAGGUUCAUGUCAUGAAGAUCAGUUCUGAAGAUCAAUUCUAUAAUGCUGAAACGAGGUGGUUCUAAUGUUCGAUCAAGAAAAAACUUAACUAGGUAUGUUUUCUAUUCUGUUGAAGUUGAGUUCCCAUUAUUAAGUUAGCGUAUGUUCAGGUUGCAUUUAUGUUCCUCAGUAUGAACUCCAUUAUGAUAAUUUUGGUGUGCUAUCUCUACAAUCUACACAUUGCUAAUUUCCUGAAUCCUUUUCAUGUACUCUUUCCAUUGACUACAUUUUCAUUAGAGUGGUGGCUGUAAACAGAAGGUUUUGACACAAUGUACCAUAAACAUGUCAUGUUAUUACCAUAUACUACUACUCUAGGUAUGGAGGCAAUUGUUGAGGAUACAAAUCUUGCAACUCCUAGCUCUGGAUCAUAUAUUUUGUCAUCCGAAUUGAAUGCUACCCAACAACCUUUUCUUAUAGCAAAAAAAUUCGCAGCCUUAAAAUCCACUGAUGAUGGACUUCAAGUCUCAUUAUCGGAUGGUGAUUUGCAAGCUUUUCCAGAUAAUCAACGAGAAGUGGAGAUGGCAAUGCAUUAUGGCCUUGAAUCACUUGAUGAAUUUUCUUUUCAGCACAAUAGCACCACUGAUGUCAGACAAGUAGGCAAGUUCCAACCUAGAAACAAGUCACAACCAAAAAAGGGAGCUGCUAAAUCUGUUUCUUUUAUGCUUCCUGAUGCUUCCGUUACUGGUCCUCCUCCCAUGGGAUCCUUUUCUGAGAUAACGAACCCUUCUUCUGUACAAGCGAAGAUCGAUAUACAUGUGGACAAUCCUUUGCAUUCAUCAAUCAUAACCUUUGCAUUCUGGUCCAUAUUGAAUUUUCUCUUUUUUUCUCUACAUUUCUGUUGAAUCAGAGAGUUCAAUCUGCUGGUUAAUUUCAUCUGAUGCCCAGACUUUGAUUAGGAGACAUCACAAGCACUGGUUCUGCUGUUUGUAAUAGUGCCAUUGACACUCUCUCUUUUGAUAAGCAUCCUUCAACUGCAAAGACAGGACUUCUUAGAGGAUCAUGCUUCUGUUAAAUCAGUGGACACUGAUAUUGACUCAUUUGUUCCCUGAUGACUUGGCCUUAAUGCAAACAGAUUUUACUGAGACUUCUAAC